GUGGCGUGCGAGAGGGGGAUCUUAUACGUUUGCUGUGUUGGAAAAGGAAAACGAAGGUGGUUUUUCCGUCUAAUCAAAUUGAACCGAAUCGAAUCAUAUUAAAGGACCCUAUAUAAGCAUUCAACACCUGCGUGUUCUCGCGUGCUUUCAUCACCGAAAGUAACGGAGCCAUUUCCUUUACCCAGAAAACUCCAAAAUACCCUUACCAACCACUAUGUUGCAGAGACCCAGACGCCGUUGCGAGGGCACAGCCAUGGGUGCUAUCGUGCUCGAUCUUCGACCCGGUUUCGGAAUCGGACCCUUCUCUCUCGGGAUGCCUAUAUGUGAAGCAUUUGCUCAGAUAGAACAGCAACCUAACAUAUACGAUGUGGUGCAUGUGAAGUAUUUUGAUGAGGAACCCCUGAAGUUGGAUAUUGUUAUUAGCUUCCCGGAUCAUGGCUUUCAUCUUCGAUUCGAUCCUUGGUCUCAGAGACUGCGCCUUAUUGAAAUAUUUGAUGUAAAGCGGCUUCAGAUGCGCUAUUCUACCUCCUUGAUUGGGGGACCAUCUACUUUAGCAACUUUUGUUGCUGUAUAUGCUCUAUUUGGGCCUACAUAUCCUGGAAUUUUUGAUAAGGAUAGAGGCAUUUACACUCUAUUCUACCCGGGGCUUUCCUUUGCAUUUCCUAUUCCAAGUCAAUUCACAGACUGCUGUCAUGAUGGGGGAGUGGAAUUGCCAUUGGAGUUUCCAGAUGGGACAACACCAGUUACAUGCCGUGUUUCUAUAUAUGAUAGCUCCUCUGGUAAGAAGGUUGGUGUGGGGUCCUUAAUGGAUAAGGCUUCUGCCCCUCCAUUACCUCCUGGCAGCAUUUACAUGGAAGAGGUUCAUGUUAAGCUGGGAGAAGAAUUGUACUUUACUGUUGGCUCUCAACACAUUCCUUUUGGUGCAUCUCCACAGGAUGUCUGGACCGAGCUUGGACGUCCCUGUGGCAUUCAUCAAAAGCAGGUAGAUCAAAUGGUUAUUCAUUCUGCCUCAGAUCUUCGGCCACGAACAACUCUCUGUGGAGAUUACUUUUAUAAUUAUUUUACUCGUGGUCUGGACAUCUUAUUUGAUGGACAGACUCACAAAAUUAAGAAGUUUGUGUUACACACCAACUACCCUGGUCAUGCUGAUUUCAAUUCUUACAUUAAGUGCAACUUUGUUAUCUAUGGCUCAGAUUUAGGGGGAUCUUUCAGUGAAGUAAAUAACAGCAAACAGAGGGUUAUUACACCUAGCACGAAGUGGGAACAAGUUAAGGAAAUACUUGGGGAUUGUGGGCGAGCUGCCAUCCAAACACAAGGUUCUGCAAGUAACCCCUUUGGUUCCACUCUUGUAUAUGGUUAUCAAAAUAUUGCCUUUGAGGUGAUGAAGAAUGGUUAUAUUGCAACAAUAACUCUCUUCCAGUCCUGAUGAUGGUACAUUUUUUUAGUGCAUGUUCUAUGCAAGUUUAUGCUUAAUUCAGAUAGCAAGUAAUUACCUAUAGCUUAAUUUCUUUCCCUUAAAAAAUUCAACUGUAAUUCCUAUCAGCCAGUAUUUGAUCAUUUGUCUUCAUGUUUACAGCUUCAGUCAUGCUAAACUUUGAUUUAUAUCUCAAAUUUUUAUACUUGGUCCUUAUUUUUACCAAAUUUUCAUCCUAUUCUAUGGGUUAAAAGUUUCUAAUUGGGUUAUUAAAAUUAUGAAUUGUUUUUAAUUGGGUAUCCAUUGUGACCAUUACAGACAUCUAUCAUGUAGUGAUGGAACAAUAUCAUGUACCAGUGACUGUUUUCAGUCACAAAGAGGUAAAUGGAUUUUUUGGUCGCCUGUUAAAUCAUAUUUGUUUGAGAUUUAAUUCUCGCAAACAGGUUCACACAUUCUCCAAGCUAUAUACUGCACUUUAGGAGUGUGAUUCACUGAAGAAAUUUUGACUCCUUUUCAAUAGAUCCUUGUUUGAAAGAAUAUUCAAACAAACAUGAUGUAGUCUAUGCAGAUAAAGUUCGCUGCCACACCGCACUGAAUUGAUGGAUGUCUGAUUAAACUGGUCAUGAUGGAGACUCAAAUGAGAAACAUUUGAUAAUUUUCAGGAUUCAAUUAGAAUCUUUUCAACUACAACUAAUUUAGAAGCUCGGCGCAUCAAUAUAGUAAACGUAUUUAUUGUAGGUGAUAAAUAAAACCUGAAGUUAAAACUUUUUUUGCAUUGCUGCAGGGGCUCUUGGUUACCCUUAAAUCUCCCUAUUUAUCCAUGAUUUCUCAAGCUUGGCUAUGGAACUUCACACGGAAUAGCAGGCUAGGUUUUUACGGUCACAUGUAUAAAUAGUUCAGCCAUCCAUCAUCGUUAUCGUGGCAAUGGGCUAUGACAAUUGUGCAGCUGUGUAACAUUGUACAUAUUAAAAUCGUGGUAUAUUAUGUAAUUUUAACAUUCAAAUCUUGCACAAAGCUAAUAUAAUCAAUUCCUUUUG